AAGGGAGAGAAGAAAAAGACCUCUCGCUAUGGCUGGGAGCAGCGACUGUGCGAGCAGGGUCCGGAGCCAAGGCAGCUGGAGCUCGGGCGAGGAGAAAAACUCUCCGUCUGCAGCGGCGGCAGAGGGAGCCUUAGGCGCCGGUUGCAACGGCUGCUGUUCCUCUGCUGGGCCGGAGGAAGUGGAGAGCAGCAGCAAUGAGAAGAAUGACCAUCAUCCCCAUCGGGUAGGAGGCUGGAGGAGUGGCGAAGAAGAGGCUCUUCCCAAGGUCUGGACGUGCUGCAAACUUUCCUGCGCUCUGGGCGCAGGCUCGCUGGCUCUGCUCUUGGCGCUCGGGACCCGCUUGGUGCGCAGCGCCGGCGAGGAAGAGGCGGAAGAAGAAGAAGGAGGAGGAGAGGCCGCUGAGGGCGACGGGGCGCCCGGCCCAGGUGCGAGCUGGCCCCCGAUCCCGGGCUCGGCGCUGUGCUGCCUCCUCCUGGCCGCCUAUUUCUGGCUGGGCUGGGCCUUGCUGCGCGCCGGGGUCCGCUUGCGCACGGCGGCGCUGCUCGUGGCCGCCUGCUGCGUUGGGGAAGCGCUCGCGCAGCUGGCCUUGGCCCCCGGGGAGGAGCGCCUGCUCUCGCUGGCCGCCAGUGGGGUGGUGCUGGGCUGCUUGGCCGGCGGGACAUGGCUAGCGCUGCGGCUCCGCCACGGCGUGCUCAUGAUCGCCUUGACUAGUGCCCUGCGGAUCGCCUCGCUCGCCUCCCUGGAGAGCAUCCGCGCGCCUUGGAGACCUUACCUGGCUUAUCUGCUCGCCUUGCUGGGCAUCCUUGGCGCAGGCUACGCGCGCCACGCCUUGCGCCGCCGCCGCGCCGCCGGGAAACAGGAGGAGGCGGAGGAGGAGGAGGAAGGCACCGAAGGGGCGGAAGGAGCGGGCUGUGGCGCUGCUGCUGCUGCUGCCCGGCCGGCCAAGGAAGAGGUGCAGGUUUUUAAGCGCAGGAGGAGAUCCAGUUCGAUGAUCUCCGCCGAGAUGGCUGGCUGCGGCAAUAAGUCCCAUCGCAGGACCUCCUUGCCUUGCAUCCCCCGAGAGCAGAUCAUGGGACAUUCUGAUUGGGAUCACAAACGAGGACCCAGAGGAUCUCAGUCUUCGGGCACCAGUAUUACAGUUGACAUUGCAGUCAUGGGAGAGGCUCAUGGACUCAUUACAGACCUCCUGGCAGAUCCUUCCUUACCACCAAAUGUCUGCACCUCCCUUCGGGCAGUGAGCAACCUGCUCAACACACAGCUAACCUUCCAAGCCAUCCACAAACCGAGGAUCAACCCUUUGGCAUCUUUCAAUGAGAACUACACCUGUUCUGACUCAGAGGAAUGCUCAGAGAAGGGAGAAAAGCUGACUAUUCCCAAGCGCUUCCGGAAAAGUCUGCCCCCAGGUCUUUUGCGACGAGUGUCGUCCACUUGGACAACAACCACAUCUGCAACUGGUUUGCCCACUUUGGAGCCAGCUCCAGUGAGAAGAGACCGCAGUGCUAGCAUCAAACUUCAUGAUACUUCAUCAUCCGGCUCCGACGCGUGGAACAAUUCCCUCCUGAUGAACCUCACCAAAAGCAGGUCGUUCUCCGCCUCCUAUGCAAUGUCUGCUGCAAACCAUCUGAAUUCCAAGCGGCCAAGUCGGCAAGGUAUCCCACCAAAUAUUUCACCUCUUACCUCCCCAAGCCAUUCGCCCAUCCAUGGCACUCCAGCCAGCAGCCCCAUCAGCAAGACCUCCAGCGAACAAUUCCCCGAGUCGACGGUCACUGCCACUAAGCAAACGCUGAAGCCCCAUAGGGCCUUGGGUUGUACCCAGAGUGCCCCUAACCUUUCGGAGCCUGUCGUGGCCACGCCUGUCAUUUGCAGCAGCUGCGGCAGACCGUAUAACCCAACAGACCCCGCCGAAGGAUCUCUGAGCAGACGGGAAGGCGGAACGCACACCCUGAACAGAACAGAGGACCCAGCACAAGCCACCUCCGACUAUGAAACAAACAACAGCGACAGCAGCGACAUCUUGCAGAAUGACGACGAGACGGAGUGCUCCAAGGAACGGGAGCGCGUGGGGUCCAUCUGCAGGACGUACGCGCCAGAAACGAUCAUACUGCAUACUCUGUUGCCGCCUGAGGACAAGCCUAUUCUUGCCCCAGAGCCUCUAAUAAUGGACAAUUUGGACCCUCUUAUGGAGCAGCUAAACAAUUGGAAUUUCCCAAUCUUCGAUUUGGUAGAGAAGAUAGGCAAGAAAUGUGGUCGCAUCCUCAGUCAGGUGUCCUACAGGCUCUUUGAGGAUAUGGGGCUAUUUGAAACCUUUAAAAUUCCCAUGAGAGAGUUUAUGAACUACUUCCAUGCUUUGGAGUGUGGAUACCGAGAGAUACCUUAUCACAACAGGAUCCAUGCCACUGAUGUUCUCCACGCUGUUUGGUACCUUUCAACGCAGCCUAUACCAGGACUCUCAACUGUGAUUAAUGACCAUGGGUCAGCAAGUGAUUCAGAUUCAGAUAGCGGGAUCACUCACGGCCACCUGGGCUACGUCUUGUCGAAAACAUACGCACCAACAGACGAUGGCCAUGGAUGCUUGGCGGGCAACAUCCCUGCCCUCGAACUGAUGGCCCUUUAUGUAGCUGCUGCCAUGCACGAUUACGACCACCCGGGGAGAACCAACGCCUUCUUGGUUGCCACCAGCGCUCCUCAGGCUGUUCUAUAUAAUGACCGUUCUGUUUUGGAAAACCAUCAUGCGGCGGCUGCAUGGAACCUCUUCAUGUCCCGGCCAGAAUAUAACUUCUUAGUCAACCUCGAUCAUGUGGAGUUCAAGCACUUUCGGUUCCUUGUCAUUGAGGCAAUCUUGGCCACUGAUCUGAAGAAGCACUUUGACUUUGUAGCAAAGUUCAAUGCCAAGGUCAAUGAUGACGUUGGCAUUGAUUGGACGAACGAGAAUGACCGCUUGCUGGUUUGCCAGAUGUGCAUCAAGCUGGCGGACAUCAACGGGCCCGCGAAAUGCAAAGAAUUGCAUCUGCAGUGGACGGAGGGCAUUGUCAACGAAUUUUACGAACAGGGUGACGAGGAAGCCAGCCUAGGCCUCCCCAUCAGCCCUUUCAUGGAUCGCGCCGCCCCUCAGCUUGCAAACCUCCAGGAAUCCUUCAUCUCUCACAUUGUGGGACCGCUGUGCAAUUCCUAUGACUCAGCAGGGUUGAUGCCAGGGAAGUGGGUCGAAGAUAACGAUGAGUCGGGCGAUACUGAUGAACAGGAGGAGGAAGAUGCUGCAGACAUGGACACCUAUGAAAACCCCGAGUCAAGGAAGAAGAGGAGGAAAAUCUACUGCCAAAUCACUCAGCACCUACUUGAGAACCAUCAGAUGUGGAAGAAAGUCGUUGCGGAGGAGGAACGGAAAGCCGGGGCAGAAAAGCAACCCUCCGAAGAGAUUGAGGCUAUAAAAGAGGAGGAGGAAGAAAAAGGGAAACCCAGAGGGGAAGAGGAAAGCAAAGCGCCCGAGACAAACCAAUGACAAGGAUAGGAUGUUGAGCAGUAUUUUGAGACAAGGAUGACUUGCGCACCUGUUCCUUUUUACAAGCCAGCACAACACUUAGACACAACACUGUAGAAAUACGGGAUAAUGCACCUACAGCUGUUUAAGUUGUUUCUCUUUACCUUUAAGCUCCUCCGCUCAAAGAAGCUUUCACACUGCAACACCAACUUUUACAGACUUUCGUAUGGGAUGGGAAUAUUAGCUUGGGUUUAUCAGCUUCAUUUUGUUUUCGUUUUUUUUAAUGAUGGCAUAUUAUGGUAACUGUGAUAACGAAAGAGAAAAGAAGGAGGAGAAAUUUCUGCUCGCAGUGAAGGGAGUGGCGGUUGCCUUUGUUCUUCUGUCUCCAUGAUAUGGCGUCAGUGAUCUUAUCCGUGAAAUAUUGGUUCUGUUGUGCCAGUAUAGAUACACAUGCGGGGUGGUACGCAUAGCAUCCCUGAACAAAUGGAUGUGAUGUUGCAUUUGAGGCUGGCUGUGACACUAGAGUAUGUUAUCUCAGCACAUGCACAUAAGGUUCCGACCCCAGAAUGUCAAGAAAAUGGCUCCUGCAUGGGUGUAAAUUUUGUCUGCAAAUGUGACCUCCUUAUCUUUCUCAGCCUCGGGGAGCCUGUGUUAGAAGCACUCUGUCUUUCUUCUUCUUCCGCACAACUCAGAAUAAUUCAGGCAGGCAUAAACCAGGGGCAGCUUUGGGCUCUGCAAAGCAAGGGCAGCCAAUGGCUGGUGCAAUCUUUUCUGCAGCUGGCUGGUAGCUCGUUUCCUAAAACGAGCAUCCAUUGGCAAGUUAACACUAGCUGUAUUCACACCUGCAGACUGUACAGGUUUACACUGGAUCACACGUACGCUUUGUACAAGUUGCAAAUGGCCGACACCAGUCGUCUGCAGAAGGGAAUGCACAUCCAACCACUGGCGCUCAUCCGUCAUGUCCAAAGGUAUUCCCAGUCUCUUGAAAGCGCUGGGGAGAGAGAUUUGCAUGGCCCUCUUCAAUGCCUCCUUUGAUAAUAAUCAUAUGAUUCCAGAUGUCUUGUGGGCUUAUGAAAAAAGAGGCACAUUGGCUGAUUCUCAGUUUAAUGUCAAGUAAUGACCGAAGAUGCUUGGUCACGGCUUAUUGUGAUAUUUUCAGUUCAUACUGGAAUUUACAGAGAGGGUCAUCAAACUUGGUCCUCUGCAACAGUGGCUUUCAGAUUGUCUGUUUUUGGGGAACGCGUUCGGCAUUGGUUAGUUUGCUGCAAAUCAUGUGUAUAUCGCUGGUAGUGAGAAGCAAGCUAUAUUUUGGGGAGAGUUAUUCUUCCAUUAUGGAUCUUCCCAUAAAGCAGUGGUGGGGAACGUGUGGCCUUCCAGAUGUUCUUGGACUCCAGUUGCCAUCAGCGCCAGCCAGAGUAACCAGUGGUCAAGGAUGAUGGGCACUGUAAUCUUUAAACAUCUGGAGGGACAUAAGUCUCCUUCCUUGAAAAAGCCAUGGCAGAUUUCCAAAGAGCCCCCGAGUUCCCCCGAAACACAGUUAAACCCACUGACGGGUUUAACUCUUGGCAGAAGCGCCUGUGGAAAGCAUCUGUGCAAAAGUUGGGGGGGGGACUUUUGAGAGUGGGGUUAUCUUUCUGCUCCUCUUUCAGGACAGGGAUUAACCAUGCUUCUCCUUUUCAGUGAAGGUGGUUUCCCAUGUAGCCUUUGACGUCAGCUGGAAAAAAUCUUACAUAGAAUCAGUUAUAAUUUAACUUUUCCUAUAUAGGUAUGCUUGCAGGUCUACAAUAAUCUGGCAAAUGCAUGUAUUAGGUUUCAAGUCCCCCUCAAAAUACCUUUAAGGAGGCGUUGUGACUGGGUGGGUGGGUGCAGAACAGGUGUGGAGAAGCUUUGGCCCUCCAGAUGUUUCAGACUCAUACCUCCCAAUGACCAUGCUUGCUGGGGCUGAUGGAAGUCGUUCAGAAACAUCUGGAGGACUGACAGUUCCUCACACCCGCUGUAGAAAAUGAUAUGAACUUAGGGGCCAAAUGCACAUUGUCAGUGUUUAUUUUUUCUGUUCUCAUUCUACUCACGGCCCCUAAUGUUGAUCAUGUGGGGUUUUAUUUUUAAAAGGAGGUUUCACUCUCAGUCUUUAAAAGCAGCAGGAUGAGAGAUGUGGAACCAUCCAGGAUCUUUGAAGUCAAAGGACCUUUGCAGUGCUUAAACUGAAGAGCACAGAGGCCUACCCUUUGUGUGUGAGAGAGCAGCCACUGGAAGUGAGGUCAAAGCAUGUCAUUCCGCAGCAAGGAAUUAAUUGGCAAUUAAUAGCUUGCUUAGAUCCUCCUUGAUCCAACAGAAGGAUUUAUUUAUUUUUACUUUGGAAUUCGGUUUGCUGUUUUGAAAAGCAAACAGAAGAUCAGGUCUUCAGCAAUAUGGUGUUUUUUUUGGUCGCUUAACUGAUUUCUUUUUUAAUCUCCUUGUCCAUGAUUUGCUUAUCUAUAUGUAAAUAUGGAAAUGCCUUUUGGGUCUUGUAGAUAAUAAGGGGGAAGAAGGGUGGGGCAUUUUUGUAAAGAUAAUUUAAGAAAAAAAAGAAAAAAAGCUAUUUUUAAAAAAUAAAAUGUAGCCAUUUGCUCGUUCGACAAAUAA